GCUCUGCAGCUCCACCCGCCCAGAGGCGUAUUAAACACUCUGCCUGGGAGUGUAAGAGAGAGGGACACAGAGAGAGAGAGAGAGAGAGAGAUGAUGUGGGUGGGGCCGGUGGUCCUGCGUAAGGCCUGAGUGUUUGUGUUUGUGUCUGUGCGACAGAGUCUGUGUGUGUGUGUGUUUGUGUGCAUGUUGGUUUGUGUGUGUGCGACUCUCGGCCCCCGUGUACUGUAGAAACACUUCUCAGAGGAGAGGGGGAGGGUGUGGCAGGACCUCAGCGAGAGGACCCCAGAUCUGCUACAGAGUCCCAUCAUGGACUGCUCGGACGAAACCCCUCUUCUACCAGAUACACCUAAGGGCAAGAACCCCAAAAAGGGACGUGGUCCCAAGCUGACCGAUUGGUGGAUAUCUGGCUGGAGUCCCACCCACUGCCCCUGCUGUGCAUCUGAUAGGGUGGAGCCGCUGGUGCUGCUGCAGCUGGGAGAGACGGUGGAGUCAAACACCAAGAACUGGAUAAUGAGGCUUCUGUCCAAGCCACAGACCCAGGGAGGUGCUGGCCUGCUUGUCCACCCUGGGGAGGACGACUUCAAUGAUUUCCUGCUGCUGUCCGCAUCACGCUGUACUCUGCUGCAGGCCACUGAGGAGCUGGGUCUGUGCCGACCCAACCAGGAUGGCAACAUGGCCGCAUUCUCCUUGCACAACAAGGAGCUCUUCAAAAACUCAGACAACAUGCAAGAGUUUCUUACUCUGGCAGAGCGCCAGUAUAUUAUUAAAUAUGAGCUGGAGUCUCUCAAAACGCUGGGGAUCCUACGAAUCCCAGGAGUCCCUUCAUCUCUGGGGCUUCUCAAGUCCUGGGAAAAUGUCUUUCAGAGACUGCGGAAGGCUGGUUUGAUAGUGGACAUGUUGCCGUUGCACAACCAGAAGCAGCUUGUUGCUCUGAGGAAGGAGUGGUACUCACACACAAGACUCUGGGGACAGCCACUGGAUUCUAUCCAGUCCUACUUUGGUGGAUCGGUAGCAUUCUACUUCAGCUUCCUGGACUUCUACACACGUGCUCUGAUGCCCAUGGCUCUUCUGGGCACCGUGUUGGCAAUGAUGCCACACGAGAUGGGCAAGGCUGCCCUUCCGGACGACACCGAGGAGCCGCCAGCAGCGACGACGGAGUCGGAUUCCGAUCCGGAGUGGGCGUCACCCGGCGGGCUGGUCGUCAUGGCGAUGGUGAGCAUGCUGUGGUCCACGCUCCUGCUGGAGCUGUGGAAGCGGCGGAGCUCCACCCUUGCGUACCACUGGGGGACCGAUCGCCUGACGGAGCAUUUCGCCGAGCCACGGCCCGCCUUCCGUGGCGAGCUGGGGACCAACCCAGUGACCAACCGCACGGAGCCCCUCUUCCCCGCAUGGCAGCGGCAGCUGCGGCUGGCCCUAGUGUCCCUGCCCCUGGUGGUUGUGUUCCUGGGGCUGGUCGUGUUGGGCAUGGCGGGUUUCUACUGGGCAGAGAGUCUGGCACGGGGCUGGCACGAGAGCAGCCAAUCGCUGGUCAGCAGGGUCAUGCUCUACGUGCCGUCUGUGGCCCACAUCGUCUACACCAACAUCCUGGGCACAGCCUACGGCAAAGUGGCGUUAACGCUAACGGAGUGGGAGAACCACCGAGAAGAAUCAGCCUUCCAGAAUCACCACACCACCAAAGUUAUUGUGUUCACCUUCUUCAACUGCUUUGCGGUGUUGUUCCACAUCGCGUUUGUGAAGCAGGACCUGCCUCUACUUCGGAAGCGCCUGGCCUCUCUGUUGAUUGUGACCCAGCUGGUGAGUCAGUUGACUGAAGUGGCCGUGCCAUUCGCCAUUGACCGCAUCUUUAACGCCCCUGAGCGCAAAGAGGAGGAUGACGACCCUGAGGUCGACGCCAUAAUAGCCCAGAGCAACCUGCCGACUUUCCCCGGUCUGUUCUCAGAGUACAUUGAGUUGCUGGUGCAGUUCGGCUACCUGAGUUUGUUUUCGUGUGUGUACCCGCUGACGGCGCUCUUCCUGCUGCUCAACAACCUCACGGAGCUCCGCACUGACGCGUUCAAGCUCUGCAAGCUCUUCCGCAAGCCCUUCCACCCACCCACCGCAAGCAUGGGGGUCUGGCAGGCGGCGUUCGAGGUUCUGGGUUUUAUGUCAGUCAUGUCAAACUGCUGGCUGCUGCUCAUGUCUCCACGGUUACAAGAAUUCUCUGAGGAGGCGGGGCUGAAUGGCACACAGCUUCUUGUGGUGGCUGUUCUAGUGGAGCACAUUCUCAUCGUGGUGAAAUUGGUCGUGGCCUUCAUCAUUCCGGAUGAGCCAGACUGGGUGAGGAUCCAGAGGGAGAAGAUUGAGUUCCACUCCAUGCGCGCCCUGGGCGAGCAGAAGCUCUGAAAUCCACACAGAGAGGAGACAGGAGCUGGUGCAUCGCCAGCAGCCUCGUCCAGCAAGAGGUGAGCAACAGCCACCCAUAGCACAACCUGUCACAAAGAUUCUAACGACAGAUGGAGAUUGAAGGCGAUGGAGAAGAUAGAGAUGUGGUGGAGGGAGAGGAAGAUGAAGCCUUACACAUGGAUAUCGUAUCUAUGCUUCCUCCUACAGAGGACCACCACACCACACCACCAUCAUAAUCAUCAGAGAUGUAAAUGUCUGGCUUCAAAAUGUAAAAGUCCUGCCACAUUUUUGUUCCAACCAUUCACUUAAUCAGCUGAUUCUAAUCACCACAGCUCUUAAGCCAGGUAGAUCAGGUAAUUAGUGAAAUCACCUGUGUUAAGCACACAGGUAGAACCAAUACAUGGCAGGACUUUUACUUUCUAAAGCUGGACUUUUACAUCUCUGAUAAUCACUGAUAAUCAACACCACACAAAAACAUAUCACUGCAUUGAAGUAUACUGUAAUGCUUUGUUAUUGUCUUGCCAAAGCAUGAUGAAGCUAGAUAGCUGCGUCUCACCAUAGCCUAUAAUAUGUUUGCAGACUGCCUGGACACUUGCUUGAGUGAACUUUAGUGAAGUUUGGUUUCACACUUACAGCCUUGGUGUGGCGUGUGAAAUGAGCAUCCUCUGGGUGUUUACCACUUAAGAGAACUGAGUUGUAAUCUCUCACAAAGUGUGUGACUUGAGAGAGUCUAAUGCCAUGAAAGCAGACAUUAAGGCUUCAAAACUACUAAGCAACAUAACUAUACAUAACAACAUAACUAUAGCCAGACAAUAGCUGACAAGAGAGAGGAGAAGCCUAUUGCCUUAACGUUUUUAGCCAUGCUCAUUAAGUAUUAAAUGUACGUUGGAGCUUGGGAUUGGAUUUCACUGAGGAAGGCAUGCUCUUCUUAUGUGCUCUGACUGUAAGGAGCUAAUGCAUAUAAUUAGUUUAAGUCUAUGGUGUAUGCAUAUAAUUAGUGAUGUUUGCGCUCAUGGUCAACCAAAGGUUGGGGUCAGCCUGCAAGACUAGGGUGAGUCAGCCAAACAAAAGCAUCUGGAAGCAGCCUGCAGGAGCUCUCACAGUCUCCCAGAGGUACAUUGAGUAUUUAAGUUAUUUACCGGUAAUCACUUUGUCACGUGUGCUUUCUCUCACUGUAUAUGUCUCUCGAAGUGAAUUGACCUCAGUUUGCUUCAAUCUUCAAAGUGUUGGCUAAGUCAACUGCUAGCUCUUGAUUGGAUUUAAGGCUGUUCUGUGUGUGGUGAAAUAGGAAACUAUUUUUUUUAUUUUCCAAAUUAUUUUUUAAUGAAUAUUUAACUUCAGAAACAUUUCUUAGACCCUCAGGAUGAAAAUGUAAGAGCAGAUAUCAGAUAGCUGCAGAUAUCUCCUCUAAUUUAAGUUGUUGGGGGAUCAUUCCAUAUGAAAUGAGCCAAUUUUGAAAAACCUUCCCACUUGACCCCCUCACAUUUCCUUUAUUCACUUAUAUUGUGUGCCUCUACAUCUAAAACGAAUGUCUGCAAAGUUAUACCUCCAAAUUGUGAGUAUUUCUGAGACACCUACCCCAAUUUCUGAGAAGUGGCCUUCAGACCAGGUUAUCUUAGUAACAACUUCAGACUCAAACAUGGUUUUUGGAGUGCAAACAAUCAACAUACUUUAUAAUGUCAUUCCCGGUCAAAUGACAUAAGCUUAAAUAUGGAUUUAUCUGUGAAAACACCAAUCAGUUGACUUUUUUUUACAUUUUCUACCAGGAGCAUCUACCUGGACAUCAAACAAAAUCAGGCUGAUUUCACAUAAUGACCCAGUGCCUUUUGUUUUUGGUGCUCUUAAGAAUGUAAAAAAUUUACCUGUAACAGGACACAUGUAGCUAAAAUAUGAUGAAAGCAUCCUACUUGUUAUAUAGGCUUGAGUGUUGUUAAAACACAAACUCACUUUUACUGCAGAUGUACUGAACUCCUCUGUACUUACUUGAAGUGUUUCCAAAUACACCUUUUCUUAAAACUCAAAAUCAUCAAAUACUGGAACACCUACACGUCAGCAUUACCAAACUUCCCAGGUAUUACCUGAGGAAUGUUGUGUGUUAUGCAGAUCUUUACCUUUCACAUUUUAAAUGAAGUGCUGGCUUAGAAGGGAAAACUCCACACACACUCUGUGUAAUUUGUCAGUUGAUUCAAGUAAGAUCCAGUUAUUAUUUACAUAAAUUGUUACUAUUAACUAUUAAAUCAAAUGGUUCAAGUAAACACAUAGCAGCCAGGACACACACACACACACACACACACAAAGCUUCUGUGUGCCGUUUCAUUGUCAUUCACUGUACAAUCACAAAAUAAUUGUCACAAUAAACACUCUGCUACAGGG